AUGCCACGUAAGCUACGUAAGAAUAUACGUAAGAGGAAGAGAGCAUUGAAACAUCCAAUAGUAAAACUAACACCACAACAACAGUUGCAACAACAAAUUAUGAAUGACCCCACUAUGUUGCAACAAAUGUCAAGCAACCCUAUGCUUUUAAACCGAGUUAUUGGUGCACAGAGUGGAGGUUUAAGAGCGGCACUUUUAGCGAAAAUGGCAGGCUAUGGUGGAGCUGCAGACGGAACAGCUUAUAACCCUCAAAGUCAAAUGAAUUUGAGUUCACUCAAAAAUCAAAUAACAGAUGUCAAAAAGUCAAACAUAGACAUACAGAAACAAAUAAGUGAAAACGAAAAGAAACUAGAAUAUGACAGACACACAAAGAAACUCAAUGAGUUAAACGUAGAGAAAAAGAAGAAAGAAGAACAACUGAAAGAACUAAGUACAGAGGAAUAUGCGAAAAAAGUGUCAGAAAAAGCAGCAGAAGUAGCAAAAAUGGAACAAGAUGUUAUAAAUUUGAAAAACCAUACUACUCAAUAUAAAGUACUGAAAGAUGAAGAGAUAAAACAAAAAGCCAUGAAGACAUAUAUGGAUAGCGAUGAGUAUAAAAAAGAAGUUGAAGCAAAUGUAAAGGCAGAAAAACUUUUACAGUUGCAAAACCAAACCGUACAGUAUGAAAACUUAGCACAAGAAAGUAAAAAUAACGACGCAGCCAUGCAAAAGGCAAUGAAAAGCGCAGAAUAUAUAAAAGCUAAUAAUGACUGGUUAGAUGCCCAAGCCAACGCUAAAGCAGCCCAACUUAUAGGGUCAAUAAGGACAAAAAUACAAGCGGAUGAAGACAGUUCAAAUGAAGCUUUAAUGAAUGCUGACUUUAAGAACGCCUUCGAAGCUCUUCAUAGUAAGGUGAAACUAGUGAACGACUUCUCAUCUGGAAAGAAACUGAAGUCUGAAGGUUUCGACAACGAGUUAAGAGAA